UGGACUAUGGUAUGGAAGCGAAGUAAUCACUCACAUUGGUAAUGAAGACGGUGAAUUCAUCUACGAUACCUGUGUUGUCAUCCAUUUGGCAGAUGCAACAAAUGCGACAUUCCGAGGAGAUCACCCCCCUAGCCCGGGAUCAAGAAUCAGAGCCUCGAUACGGACCAUCCUACGGGUAUCCGGGCGAUCAGAGUCAACCCACCCGGGACGAUCUUCGGCGCAGUCAAAACCAUCAGUAUCGACAACAGCAAUCGAACGCGCGUGCUCUGCGCUUGAUCUGGGACGAAAAAUCUCACACCCUCGAAUACAUCCUGCGAUACAACAGCACCCGGCCGGGUUUCUGGAUCUCUUCCGGUCCCCAGGUGGGCUCGAUGGUCCAGAUGCCAUAUGUGCAGUUCACUGGAACGGUCCAGGUGCUGAAGGCCAUCAACAACCAACUGGUGCUCACAUUCUGCCAGAGUCUUCCGGGAGGACAGCUUUUCUCGGUGGUCCUGUCUCGACAGCCGAUGAGCCUCUCUGCUGAGGAAAACCAAGCCAUUCGGAACUUGCUCAAGCGACGAUUGUUAUCAACGACAUCGGUACGAAAAGUUUGCUACAACGGAACGUCCAGAAUAUUCCAACCGAAGAUUUCAUCCUUGAUCCCCAGUGCCAUAUUGAUCCUGCUGUCUCUGUUAAUGUUCCGGAAAAACUAAAUCAUAGCUAAAUCUGGCAACGGAAGAACAAAUCAUCCAGCAUCAUUCCAUCGAGAUACAUUUUUUUUCAACGGCCAGCAACCAAAGGCAACCUCCACAAUGACUGUCUGUGUGUAAUUUAUUCAUUGACGUUUAGACCUAUUCGUGAAUUUUUAUCGAAAAUCCUGUGAAAGAUGUGUGUUCUAUUUUUUAAGGAACGUGAUCACGUGUGUACGUUAUUACAACAUGUAGUCGCCAUGAGUCAAUAAAUUGUUUUCGCUUUUAAUUAAAAAAAAUCCAAGAUUCUCCCCGUUGAACUAAUUUGUGUGUGGAAAUUUCGGCCGGCUGACGAAAGUUUGACAAAUUUCAUUCUCACUUCUACAUAAGGCUCGCUUACCAUAAAGAUGUGUUAUUCCUUGUAAAACAGUUUUAAUAGCGCAAACAAACGCGUGACUAUGAUGUGUGACCCCGAGUGUCAACUAAUUAAUUGAUGACAUUAUAUUCAUUACCCAUUUGCCUUUGGUGAGAACCCACGUCGAGAUGCCGUGACAAACUGGUAUAAGCCAGAGCGACUUUACAGUUUUGGAUCUAGCUUCGCCCUAGGCAAACGUUGCAAAAAGCCCAUGAAUACUAACAUAAGAAAGGUGGAAAGUUUUCGUGUGUAAAUUUUUUA